CUCUGGCCUGCCCCCCCAACAGUCACUACUCCUUAUGUGUGAGCUCAUGUCCAGAGACAUGCGUGGGUCACAGUGGGGGUGCACAGCCAGGGUGUGGAGAGAACUGUGUGGAGGGCUGCAAGUGUGACCCCAGCUUCAUCCUCAGCAAUGAGCGCUGUGUUCCUCUCAGAGACUGUGGCUGUGUUGAUCCCCAAGGCUCUUACCACCCUGUGAAUGAGAGCUGGUAUCUGGAGGGUUGUACUGGGCGCUGUGUGUGCAGAGGGGAGGGAGUGAUUGAGUGCCACAAGAACACCUGUGCACCCAAUGAGGUCUGCCAACUGCAGGAUGGAGAAUACGGCUGCCAUCCGUUGGUGAAAUGUCCCCCCAAUGCACACUAUAAGGAAUGUGGCCCAGCCUGCAUCCCAAGCUGCCAGGAUCCCUCUACCAACUGUACCGGCUCCUGUAUCAGCGGCUGCUUCUGUGACCCAGGAUAUGUGUUCCGUGGUCGCCGCUGCGUUCCCCUUCACCAGUGUGGCUGUUUGGACGAGAGCAACAACUACUAUGAGCCAGGGGAAAUUAUCUUUGGCGAUGGCUGCUCAGAGUUGUGUCGAUGCAUUGGGAACUACACGCUGGACUGUGUCAGCAAUGCCUGUGAGCCCACAGAGGAGUGUCGUGAAUUCAACGGUGUUACAGGCUGCUAUCCUAAAGGCACCUCCACCUGCAUCGCCACAAAUGACCCUCACUACACUACGUUUGACCAUCGGCGAUAUAGCUUCAUGGGCAACUGCAGCUACCUCAUGGCAGACACCUGCAACAGCACCCUGGCCCCACCCUUUUCAGUCUAUGCUGAUAACGAGCAUCGCUACAACCAGCUCUCUGUCACCUAUGUCAAAGCAGUGCAUGUGCACACACGCGGAGUGGUGGUGUCGGUGCUGAAGGGGGGAACUGUGCAGGUGAAUGGGACUACAGUCAACCUGCCUGUGACCCCAGCUCAGGGCGUGUCUGUCUUCAAGUCGGGGAGACACUACACUGUGGCUGCAGAUUUUGGUGUUACAGUACGAUACGAUGGAAACCACUUCAUGGACAUCAAAGUCACCAGCGAUUACAAGAACAGCUUGUGUGGGCUAUGUGGAGACUACAAUGGAAACCCCAAGGAUGAUUUCCGCACACCAUCUGGUCAGCUAGUCACAAAUACCAAUGAGUUUGGACACAGUUGGAACUCUGACACAAACUGCAACAAGAAGCCCAAUGAAACAAUCCCAGAAUGCAGUGAUGAUCAAGAGGAUAUGUAUGAGAGUCCCGCCUACUGUGGCAUGUUAUUAGAUCCCAAGGGACCCUUUGCCACCUGUCAUCCCAGAGUCAGCCCCAAUGGCUUCUUCCAGGACUGUCUCUUUGACAUGUGUGCACUGGACGGGGCUCAAACAUCGCUGUGCGAAGCGCUGGAGUCCUACGUCAACGAGUGUCAGGACCGCAACGUGAGCGUUGGGUCAUGGAGAAACGGCACAUUCUGUCCUCUUCCCUGCCCAGCUAAUAGUCACUAUGAGGCGUGUGCUCCACCUUGCCCCCCAUCCUGCACCAUUCCCAGCCCAGGACAAUGCAGUGGACCAUGUGCAGAGGGGUGUGUGUGUGACACAGGAUAUGUUUACAGUUCUGGGAAAUGUAUUAAACAGGAGAGCUGUGGGUGCAACUUCAAUGGACAGUACUACCAGGCAGGGGAAGAGUUCUACACUGAGGGCUGUGAGCUCAAGUGCACAUGUGAGGGAGGGGUUGUGUCGUGCUGGCCUGGAGACUGUCCCCCUCAGCAUGCCUGUAGACUGCAGAAUGGAGUGGUGGGCUGCUACCCCUUAAGUACAAAGGACUGUUACAUCUCUGGAGACCCACAUUACACCACCUUUGAUGGGAAAUACUAUACCUUCAUGGGUACCUGCACCUAUACUCUGGCUAGGAGCUGUCAAAACCACACAGGUCCCUGGUUCUCAGUGGAGGGGAAGAAUGAGGAGAGGGGUGUGGCAGGCGUUUCAUACCUGCGCAAGCUGUAUGUCAAUGUCAGUGGAGUCACUGUCACUCUGAUGAAGAGCAGAAGGACUCUGGUGAAUGGUCUGCGUGUGUCCCUCCCGCACUCCCCUUCUCCGCUCAUCUUUCUCUCCCUGGCUGGGCAGUAUGUCACCAUGCAGACCACUUUCGGUCUGACAGUACGCUGGGACGGGAACCACUACGCACACAUCUCAGUCCCAAGCUCCUACUUCGACCAGAUGUGUGGUUUGUGUGGAGAUUAUGAUGGAAACCCAAACAAUGACUUCACCAAACCAGACGGUUCACUGGCCGGGAAUUCAAACCAGUUUGGUAACAGCUGGCAAACUGAGGACGAUGAGGAUGACAGGUGUUUGUCUGAUGACAAACCUGAACCGCCCUGUGAGCCCAGUCUUGAGGCAGAGGUGUCCAAACCUGAGAAUUGCGGCAAACUGAAUGACACCCAAGGGCCUUUCAGGGACUGCAUUGAGAUGGUUGACCCACGGCCCUAUUUCCAGAGCUGUGUGUAUGACAUGUGUCGAUAUGACGGGCUUGAGCAAACCCUAUGUGAUCAGCUGCAGUCCUACACAGAUGCCUGUCUCAGCGCAGGAGCCCCUGUCCACCAAUGGAGGGAGCCAGACUUCUGCCCUCUGGCCUGCCCCCCCAACAGUCACUACUCCUUAUGUGUGAGCUCAUGUCCAGAGACAUGCGUGGGUCACAGUGGGGGUGCACAGCCAGGGUGUGGAGAGAACUGUGUGGAGGGCUGCAAGUGUGACCCCAGCUUCAUCCUCAGCAAUGAGCGCUGUGUUCCUCUCAGAGACUGUGGCUGUGUUGAUCCCCAAGGCUCUUACCACCCUGUGAAUGAGAGCUGGUAUCUGGAGGGUUGUACUGGGCGCUGUGUGUGCAGAGGGGAGGGAGUGAUUGAGUGCCACAAGAACACCUGUGCACCCAAUGAGGUCUGCCAACUGCAGGAUGGAGAAUACGGCUGCCAUCCGUUGGUGAAAUGUCCCCCCAAUGCACACUAUAAGGAAUGUGGCCCAGCCUGCAUCCCAAGCUGCCAGGAUCCCUCUACCAACUGUACCGGCUCCUGUAUCAGCGGCUGCUUCUGUGACCCAGGAUAUGUGUUCCGUGGUCGCCGCUGCGUUCCCCUUCACCAGUGUGGCUGUUUGGACGAGAGCAACAACUACUAUGAGCCAGGGGAAAUUAUCUUUGGCGAUGGCUGCUCAGAGUUGUGUCGAUGCAUUGGGAACUACACGCUGGACUGUGUCAGCAAUGCCUGUGAGCCCACAGAGGAGUGUCGUGAAUUCAACGGUGUUACAGGCUGCUAUCCUAAAGGCACCUCCACCUGCAUCGCCACAAAUGACCCUCACUACACUACGUUUGACCAUCGGCGAUAUAGCUUCAUGGGCAACUGCAGCUACCUCAUGGCAGACACCUGCAACAGCACCCUGGCCCCACCCUUUUCAGUCUAUGCUGAUAACGAGCAUCGCUACAACCAGCUCUCUGUCACCUAUGUCAAAGCAGUGCAUGUGCACACACGCGGAGUGGUGGUUUCGGUGCUGAAGGGGGGAACUGUGCAGGUGAAUGGGACUACAGUCAACCUGCCUGUGACCCCAGCUCAGGGCGUGUCUGUCUUCAAGUCGGGGAGACACUACACUGUGGCUGCAGAUUUUGGUGUUACAGUACGAUACGAUGGAAACCACUUCAUGGACAUCAAAGUCACCAGCGACUGCAACAAGAAGCCCAAUGAAACAAUCCCAGAAUGCAGUGAUGAUCAAGAGGAUAUGUAUGAGAGUCCCGCCUACUGUGGCAUGUUAUUAGAUCCCAAGGGACCCUUUGCCACCUGUCAUCCCAGAGUCAGCCCCAAUGGCUUCUUCCAGGACUGUCUCUUUGACAUGUGUGCACUGGACGGGGCUCAAACAUCGCUGUGCGAAGCGCUGGAGUCCUACGUCAACGAGUGUCAGGACCGCAAC